AUGCUGCGUGCGAUGGGCGUGACGAUGCUUCGCAGCGGAGGGACCGUUUCGCAGUCCUUCCGAUGGAAAGACUGGCGCGGGCCCGCCUGGAACCGCCCUUCGGCACGGCACACUUGGGCAGCCGAGGUGGUUGCGGGUUGGGGGCCGUUUGAGGUUGUGGAUAUGUGCAACGCGCUCGGCAUCGAGCCGGUGAUCACGCUGGCGUGUGAGAGCAACUCAGCCUCCGACUGGGCCGACCUGGUCGAGUACAGCUGGGGCGACGCCACGACGAGCUGGGGCCAGCAGCGCAUCGCUGACGGCCAUCCCGCCCCCUACAACGUCACCGCCUUUGAGCUCGGCAAUGAGGAGUUCAACCCUCACUUCGUCGGGCAGGUGGCGGCGAUGGAGAAGCGCGCAAAGGCGCUCGGAGGUCGCGUGCCGCCACUGCGGUACAUGUUCCCAAAGCGGACCGGCAUCCCGCCAAAGGAAAUGAGCGCCGCCCUGAAAGCCGGCCUCGACCCGAGCCGCAUCCUCACCGACGUGCAUGUUGGCGCGGGUGGCGGCGUCGCGGCGGCGGAGGCGCUGCUUGCGAGGGUUCCCGUCGCAGGCUUUGACCAGGGCGUCGUCAACUUGGAGACAAAUGCGGGGACGCACGACUUGCAGCGAGCUCUAGACGAGGCUACCGAUCUGCUCGCGUGGAUUCACGCGCAGGCCAACGCGAGUCUCGCCCGCCGACUCUAUGGCCGCGCCGCCUCCUUUUGCUCGGGCGGCGCCUCGCAAUUCGACGCGUGGGACCAGGGCCUCGCCUUCUUCCUGCCCAACAUGACGUUUCUGCAGCCGCCUGGCCACGUCCACCAAAUGUUGGCAGAGGUCGGGGCGCCGAGCCUACAGCUGCUUGACGCAACCUGGCUUCGCGGCGUGUCGCCUAUCGCGUCCGUCGCACUACGCACCGCCGACGCGGCAUCGCUUGUCCUCGCCCUCGUCAACCCCUCAGAUAAGCAGCUGGCGAUCCGCGUGGAGGUGAGUGACGGAGAGUUUGAGGAGGCGUCACCGGUUCGUCUCCGCUCGCUGAGCUCGCCCAACCUCACCGCCUUCAACAGUCCCGCGAAGCCCAAUGCCGUGACGGCGAUCGGCUCGACGACACGGGUGGCCGCUGGCACGCUCUCCCUCACGCUGCCAGCGCAGUCUUUUGUGGUAGGGGUGGCGAAGCUUGGGCUCGGUCCGGUGAUACAUUCGCACUGA